AUGCCUGAGAUUGCAGCUGAAUUGGUUUUCCUUUCCCCAGGAGUGAGUCCUAUACAUAAUGGCCAAGUCUGCAGUACGUGGGGUAACUGCCACUUCAAGACCUUUGAUGGAGACAUCUUUCAGCUCCCCUCCACCUGCAACUAUGUUGUGACCUCACUGUGCCAUAGCAGUUAUGAGGAUUUCAACAUCCAGAUGAGACGGCAGGUGGUGGACAACCAGCCCACCAUUAGCAAGAUCACCAUGAAGCUGGAUGGCACAGUGGUGGAGCUAUCCAAGGGUUCCAUUGUUGUUAAUGGGAAUAAUGCCACCUUACCAUUCAGCCAGUCUGGUAUUCUCAUUGAAGAGACUACCUCCUACAUCAAGAUCAAAGCAAAACUGGGAUUGGUAGCCAUAUGGAACCAGGAUGAUUCCUUCUUGGUGGAGAUGGACAUCAAAUUCAGAAAUAAGACCUGUGGUCUAUGUGGAGAUUUUAAUGCAAUUCAGCAAUUUGAUGAGUUCUAUAGCCAUGGUAUGAAAUUGUCCGCUGUCGACUUCGGAAACUUCUGGAAAUUGGAUGGUCCCACUGAAAGCUGUACUGAAAACACACUGCCUUCAAAUCAGAAAUGCCCCAAUCUGAAACCAGUUUGUGAGCAGUUGCUCUCCGGUCCUGCCUUCAGCAGCUGUAAGGACUUGUUGGCCAUCGACUCAUUUGUUGAGGCCUGUGUAUCUGACCUGUGCCACUGUGAUAACAGCACCAACUCCUUCUGCCUGUGCAACACUAUCUCAGAGUACUCCCGUCAGUGUGUUCACGCAGGGGGGAAGCCCAAACAAUGGAGGACUGAACAGUUCUGCUAUAAGACAUGCCCCUUCAACAUGGAGUACCAGGAGUGUGGAAACCCCUGUGUUGACACCUGCUCCAACCCUGAGAGAGGCCAGCUGUGUGAGGACCACUGCUCAGAUGGCUGCUUUUGUCCUCCCGGAACCGUUUUUGAUGACGUCAACAAGAACGGUUGUAUCGCCUUGAGUCAAUGCUCCUGCCGCCACAAUGGAAAAACCUACGCACCCGGAGAGUCUUAUUCAAGCACUUGUAAAGAUUGUUCUUGUGCUGGUGGUCAGUGGAAGUGUGUGGACAAGGACUGUCCUGGCACCUGUGCUGUGGAGGGAGGAUCCCACAUCAACACCUACGAUGGAAAAACCUACACCUUCCAUGGGGACUGCUCUUAUGUUCUGACCAAGGACUGUGAUGGGACGCAAUUCACUGUACUGGGUGAUCUGGUGCAGUGUGGGCUUUCUGACAGUGAGACUUGUCUAAAGGCUGUUACCCUGUCCCUCUCAGAAGGAGCCACUGUGAUCAACAUACAACCCAAUGGAAAAGCCUUUGUAAAUGGAAUAUAUUCUCAGCUGCCCUUUUCUGCUGCUGGAGUAACUAUUUUCAGAGCCUCCUCAUUUUUCAUCAUUGUCCAGACCACCUUUGGCCUCCAGUUGGAAAUCCAACUCUCACCAAUCAUGCAGGUCUAUAUUGCUGCAAGCACCGUUUGGCAGCAGAGAACUUGCGGUCUUUGUGGAAACUUCAACAACAACCAAGGAGAUGAUUUCAAGGUCCUGAGCGGAGUGACUGAGGGCACAGCCAUUGGUUUUGCAAACACCUGGAAAACACGAGCCAGCUGCCCAGACAUCAAGAGUAGCUUUGAAAGCCCCUGCAGUUUAAGUCUUGACAAUGAGAAAUAUGCCCAGCACUGGUGCUCUCAGCUGGCUGAUCCUAAAGGGUUGUUUGCUAAAUGCCACACAGCAAUAAGCCCAGACAUGUACAAAGAAAACUGCAUGUAUGACAGCUGUAACUGUGAGAAGAGUGAGGACUGCAUGUGUGCUGCCGUCUCCUCUUAUGUCCACGCUUGUGCUGCCGAGGGUAUCCAGCUCACUGGCUGGAGAGACACUAUCUGCAACAAAUACUCCACCUCGUGCCCUAACACCAUGGUCUACAGCUACAGCAUAAAAAGCAGUGAUCGCUCCCUCUGCUACAGCGACUCUGACUUGACCUGUUCAAUCACCUUCGAGCCUGUGGAUGGGUGUGUCUGUUCUGAGGGAACCUACCUGAAUGAUGAGGGCAAGUGUGUUCCAUCAGCCAGCUGCCCUUGUUAUUACAAGGGCUCAGUGGUGUCCCCUGGAGAGGUCAUCAGCAAGGAUGGAACCAUGUGCACCUGCAAGGAGGGAAAACUCCGUUGCAUUGGAGAUUCACCCGAUCAGCCAUCAUGUGUUGCACCAAUGGUUUUCUUCAACUGCUCCAAUGCAAGCCCAGGAGUGAGAGGGUUAGAGUGUCAGAAGAGCUGCAACAUUCUGGAUAUGGCCUGUAUCAGCACAGAGUGCAUAUCAGGCUGUAUGUGUCCCUCUGGACUGGUAUCCGAUGGAAAAGGAGGCUGCAUCAAGCCAGACCUUUGUCCUUGUUCUCACAAUGGAGCUACUUACCAACCAGGAGACAGAAUCAAGGUCGACUGCAAUACCUGCACUUGUAAAGACAGAAAAUGGCAGUGCACAACUAACCUGUGCCUUGGAACCUGUGCCAUUUAUGGAGAUGGACACUACAUUACUUUUGAUGGGAAACGAUUCACUUUCGAAGGAGACUGUGAAUACACACUUACAAAGGACUACUGUGGUAGCAACAAUGCCAAUGGCAGCUUCAGAGUCAUCACUGAGAACAUCCCUUGUGGAACGACAGGCACCACCUGCUCCAAGGCCAUUAAGCUCUUCCUGGGGAACAAUGAACUAAUUCUGACAGAAGGGAACUACCAAGUCGUUGAGAGAAAUACAGGGGAGGCGGUUCCUUACCAGAUUCGCACAAUGGGCAUCUACCUUGUGAUUGAAGCCAAUAAUGGGUUGAUUCUCAUGUGGGACAGGAAAACAAGCAUGUUCAUCAAACUGAACCCACAGUUCAAGGGACAUGUCUGUGGUCUGUGUGGAAACUAUGAUGGCAAUGCAAACAAUGACUUCACUACCAGGAGCCAGGCAGUAGUUGUCAACCCUCUAGACUUUGGAAACAGCUGGAAAGUCUCUGCAAGCUGCCCCGAUGCAAAGAACAAAAGGAGCCCCUGUACUGCCAACCCUUACAGGCAGUCUUGGUCACAGAAGCAGUGCAGCAUCAUUCAGAGCAAAGUUUUCACAGACUGCCAUUCUAAAGUGGACCCCUCUCCUUUCUACGAUGCUUGUGUGACAGAUUCGUGUGCUUGCGACAGUGGUGGAGACUGUGAGUGUUUCUGUACCGCUGUGGCAGCUUAUGCAGAGGCCUGUAAUGAGGCUGGAGCCUGCAUAGCCUGGAGAAGCCCACAAAUCUGCCCACUGUUCUGUGAUUACUACAACCCCCCUGGAGAAUGUGAGUGGCACUACAAGGCCUGUGGAGCUCAGUGUAUGAAGACCUGCAGGAAUCCCUCCGGGAGCUGCUCAACUCAGAUACCACCUCUUGAAGGUUGCUAUCCAAAAUGUCCUCCUGCUCAACCCUUCUUUGAUGAAGAUAUAAUGAAGUGUGUGGAGAAGGAGCAGUGUGGCUGCUAUGGCAGAGAUGGAAAACACUACAAUAAUGGAGAAAAAGUACCGACCACAGAAAACUGCCAGACAUGCUAUUGUAAUUCUGUGACAGUGGACUGCAAAUACGAUGUACAAGCUUGCACUUGCACCUACAAUGGGAACAAAUACCCCAAUGGGCAUAUCAUCUAUCACACCACAAAUGGGCACGGCAGUUGUAUCACAGCCAUCUGUGGGAAGAAUGGAACCACUCAGAGGGACAUUUACCCAUGUUCAACUCCAACUCCAACUUUAACUCCAUCUGUUCCUAACUCUACUCCAUCCUCUACAGUGACAACAACUGUCUUUACUUUCUCAACACCCACAACUGCGCCAACCUCAACUUCAACAGAGACAACAGUGUCUCCAACAACCUUUACUACUACAUGUGGCUAUCCAUGUGUGUGGUCACAGUGGUUUGAUACCACAUUCCCUACACUUGGUACUCCAGGAGGAGACUCUGAAACCUACAACAACAUAAGAGCAGAGGGACACGAUAUAUGUGAGAAGCCAAGCAAGAUCCAAUGCAGAGCCGAGAAGUACCCAAAUGUUAGCAUAAGCCAAGUAGGCCAAGUGGUGCAGUGUAAUGUAGCAGAAGGGUUGACUUGCAGAAAUGAAGACCAGUCAGGAAAAUUCCCACUGUGCUUUAACUACCAAGUUCGAGUCCUCUGCUGUGAUGAAGAUCUUUGUACAUCUAAGCCUACAACCAUUUCACCAACAACUACAAGACCACCUGUUACAACAACAACUACAAACGCAACCACCUCCACUAUAUCUACGACCACGUUGAAUACAAAACCCCCUAACUGCACAGUUUGUGAGUGGUCACCUUGGUAUAAUGUGGACUAUCCUCAAUUUGGUCCUGGGGGUGGUGACAAUGAAUCAAUAAAAAAGAUUCUAGAAUCUGGAAAACAUAUUUGUGAAAAACCAGUGGAUGUCAUGUGCCAAGCAGUGCGAUAUCCAGGGAUCCCAUUGUCUGAAUUAGGACAGAAUGUAGACUGUAAUACGAAGGUUGGACUAAUAUGCCAGAACAAAGAUCAAGGCAUUCCUCCAAUAUGCCUUGACUAUGAAAUUAAGGUGAAGUGUUGCAAGACUGUGAAAUGUCACACUACAACACCAGUCCAAACAACUAAACCUACUGUCACAACAACAACAAUGUCAGCAUCCACAUUACCUACAACAACAAGUAAACCAACAACAAUCACUACUCCUCCAACCUCAACUCUACCUCUAACCACAACUACAACUCCAACACCAAAUACCACAAUCUUAACAUCGACUGCACCACCUACCACAUCAACAACAGUUACUCCCAUCACUACUCCAACACCCACUACAAAGACCUCAACAUCGACAGUUACAUCGACAACAAAAACAACAACUCAGACUCCCAGCCCUAGUACAACUCCAACCACUACUCCAACAUCAACCUCAACAGGAGUAACACCUACCCAAUGCAGUGGUGAAGAAACAUGUGUGUGGUCAGACUGGAUCAACCUUGGUCAGCCAACGUCUGGCUCUGAAGGUGGAGAUAAUGAAUCCAUUAAGAACAUCAUUGCUGCUGGUUAUCACAUUUGCUCAGCUCCAGAGGCAGUUGAAUGUAGAGCAAAACAAUAUCCUGGACUUCAGAUCUCUCAGCUUGGCCAAGACGUGACUUGCAAUCCAUCCGUUGGACUAGUUUGUCAAAACAAUGAGCAAGGUCUUCAGCAAAAGUGCUUUGAUUAUGAGAUUCGAGUGAAAUGUUGUCAAUGUGGAACCACAACACACAUCCCAACCACCACCACAACAACAACAGUUCCUCUCGUCACUACUCCUACACCCACUACUACAACCUCAACAUCGACAGCUCCACCUACAACAAAAACAACAACUCAGACUCCCAGCCCUAGUACAACCACUACUCCUACAUCACCCUCAACAGGAGUAACACCUACCCAAUGCAGUGGUGAAGAAACAUGUGUGUGGUCAGACUGGAUCAACCUUGGUCAGCCAACGUCUGGCUCUGAAGGUGGAGAUAAUGAAUCCAUUAAGAACAUCAUUGCUGCUGGUUAUCACAUUUGCUCAGCUCCAGAGGCAGUUGAAUGUAGAGCAAAACAAUUCCCUGGACUUCAGAUCUCUCAGCUUGGCCAAGACGUGACUUGCAAUCCAUCCGUUGGACUAGUUUGUCAAAACAAUGAGCAAGGUCUUCAGCAAAAGUGCUUUGAUUAUGAGAUUCGAGUGAAAUGUUGUCAAUGUGGAACCACAACACACAUCCCAACCACCGCAACAACAGUUCCUCUCAUCACUACUCCUACACCCACUACACCCACUACUACAACCUCAACAUCGACAGCUCCACCUACAACAAAAACAACAACUCAGACUCCCAGCCCUAGUACAACUCCAACCACUACUCCUACAUCACCCUCAACAGGAGUAACACCUACCCAAUGCAGUGGUGAAGAAACAUGUGUGUGGUCAGAUUGGAUCAACCUUGGUCAGCCAACGUCUGGCUCUGAAGGUGGAGAUAAUGAAUCCAUUAAGAACAUCAUUGCUGCUGGUUAUCACAUUUGCUCAGCUCCAGAGGCAGUUGAAUGUAGAGCAAAACAAUUCCCUGGACUUCAGAUCUCUCAGCUUGGCCAAGACGUGACUUGCAAUCCAUCCGUUGGACUAGUUUGUCAAAACAAUGAGCAAGGUCUUCAGCAAAAGUGCUUUGAUUAUGAGAUUCGAGUGAAAUGUUGUCAAUGUGGAACCACAACACACAUCCCAACCACCGCAACAACAACAGUUCCUCUCGUCACUACUCCUACACCCACUACACCCACUACUACAACCUCAACAUCGACAGCUCCACCUACAACAAAAACAACAACUCAGACUCCCAGCCCUAGUACAACUCCAACCACUACUCCUACAUCAACCUCAACAGGAGUAACACCUACCCAAUGCAGUGGUGAAGAAACAUGUGUGUGGUCAGACUGGAUCAACCUUGGUCAGCCAACGUCUGGCUCUAAAGGUGGAGAUAAUGAAUCCAUUAAGAACAUCAUUGCUGCUGGUUAUCACAUUUGCUCAGCUCCAGAGGCAGUUGAAUGUAGAGCAAAACAAUAUCCUGGACUUCAGAUCUCUCAGCUUGGCCAAGACGUGACUUGCAAUCCAUCCAUUGGACUAGUUUGUCAAAACAAUGAGCAAGGUCUUCAGCAAAAGUGCUUUGAUUAUGAGAUUCGAGUGAAAUGUUGUCAAUGUGGAACCACAACACACAUCCCAACCACCGCAACAACAACAGUUCCUCUCGUCACUACUCCUACACCCACUACUACAACCUCAACAUCGACAGCUCCACCUACAACAAAAACAACAACUCAGACUCCCAGCCCUAGUACAACUCCAACCACUACUCCUACAUCAACCUCAACAGGAGUAACACCUACCCAAUGCAGUGGUGAAGAAACAUGUGUGUGGUCAGACUGGAUCAACCUUGGUCAGCCAACGUCUGGCUCUAAAGGUGGAGAUAAUGAAUCCAUUAAGAACAUAAUUGCUGCUGGUUAUCACAUUUGCUCAGCUCCAGAGGCAGUUGAAUGUAGAGCAAAACAAUUCCCUGGACUUCAGAUCUCUCAGCUUGGCCAAGACGUGACUUGCAAUCCAUCCGUUGGACUAGUUUGUCAAAACAAUGAGCAAGGUCUUCAGCAAAAGUGCUUUGAUUAUGAGAUUCGAGUGAAAUGUUGUCAAUGUGGAACCACAACACACAUCCCAACCACCGCAACAACAACAGUUCCUCUCGUCACUACUCCUACACCCACUACUACAACCUCAACAUCGACAGCUCCACCUACAACAAAAACAACAACUCAGACUCCCAGCCCUAGUACAACUCCAACCACUACUCCUACAUCAACCUCAACAGGAGUAACACCUACCCAAUGCAGUGGUGAAGAAAAAUGUGUGUGGUCAGACUGGAUCAACCUUGGUCAGCCAACGUCUGGCUCUGAAGGUGGAGAUAAUGAAUCCAUUAAGAACAUAAUUUCUGCUGGUUAUCACAUUUGCUCAGCUCCAGAGGCAGUUGAAUGUAGAGCAAAACAAUACCCUGGACUUCAGAUCUCUCAGCUUGGCCAAGACGUGACUUGCAACCCAUCCGUUGGACUGAUUUGUCAAAACAAUGAGCAAGGUCUUCAGCAAAAGUGCUUUGAUUAUGAGAUUCGAGUGAAAUGUUGUCAAUGUGGAACCACAACACACAUCCCAACCACCACCCAACAACAACAGUUCCUCAUCGUCACUACUCCUACACCCACUACUACAACCUCAACAUCGACAGCUCCACCUACAACAAAAACAACAACUCAGACUCCCAAUUCGAGUGAAAUGUUGUCAAUGUGGAACCACAACACACAUCCCAACCACCGCAACAACAACAGUUCCUCUCGUCACUACUCCUACACCCACUACACACCCACUACUACAACCUCAACAUCGACAGCUCCACCUACAACAAAAACAACAACUCAGACUCCCAGCCCUAGUACAACUCCAACCACUACUCCUACAUCAACCUCAACAGGAGUAACACCUACCCAAUGCAGUGGUGAAGAAACAUGUGUGUGGUCAGACUGGAUCAACCUUGGUCAGCCAACGUCUGGCUCUAAAGGUGGAGAUAAUGAAUCCAUUAAGAACAUAAUUGCUGCUGGUUAUCACAUUUGCUCAGCUCCAGAGGCAGUUGAAUGUAGAGCAAAACAAUUCCCUGGACUUCAGAUCUCUCAGCUUGGCCAAGACGUGACUUGCAAUCCAUCCGUUGGACUAGUUUGUCAAAACAAUGAGCAAGGUCUUCAGCAAAAGUGCUUUGAUUAUGAAAUUCGAGUGAAAUGUUGUCAAUGUGGAACCACAACACACAUCCCAACCACCGCAACAACAACAGUUCCUCUCGUCACUACUCCUACACCCACUACUACAACCUCAACAUCGACAGCUCCAUCUACAACAAAAACAACAACUCUGCCUCCCACCACUACUAUUAUUCCUACAACUCCUUUUUUUGUAAUAACUGGUGAAACAGCGAAACCAUUGAUUCCAGUCACAUUACCCCAUCAUUGUUCUUUUUGCCAUUUCAAUCAUACUGAUUUCCUCAUUGGCUCAAUUGUUUAUAAUGUCUCUGACCAUGAUGGAUGGUGCUACAUUGGUCUCUGCAACAAGACUUGUGAAAUAGAAACACAUUUGACCAGUUGUGGUACAUCAACUACCCCAGUUACUCCUACUUCACCAACCACUUCACAGCCCCCAACAACAACAGUUCCACAUGUAACAUAUCCAACUGAGAAGAACUGUGACCAUUACCAUCCUCCAAGAAAGAAUGGUGACAGCUGGAUACAUAACCAAUGCACCAACGGAACAUGCGCCAACGGGAAAGUUACUUAUGAGCAUGUACAUUGUGAGACUCCGAAGCCUAUAGCAUGUGAAAAUAACUAUCCUCCAAUCCAAGUGUUUGACGAAUCUGGAUGCUGUUUCCACUAUGAGUGUCAAUGUAUCUGCUAUGGUUGGGGAGACCCUCACUAUGUCACCUUUGAUGGAACAUACUAUGGCUUCCAAGGAAAUUGUUCUUACGUCUUGGUCAAAGAAAUCCUGCCAAAGUACAACUUCAGUGUUGUAAUCGACAAUUACUAUUGUGAUGCUCCAGAUGGACUUUCCUGCCCUCAGUCUCUGACCAUUUAUUAUCAAUCUUACAAGAUAUUCAUGACCAAGAAGGACGUUGAUGGAGUUUUCACAAGUCUGAUUUAUGUAAACCAGAAACGCAUCAUCCCAGCAUAUGAGACCAAGGACUUCCGCAUCACAGACAACGGAAUUGAGACCCUUUUAGUCAUACCAGCAAUUAAUGCCAAGGUGUCUUUCACUGGUCUUAUGUUUAGCAUAUACCUGCCCUGGGACAAGUUCAGUGGCAACACUGAGGGACAGUGUGGUACAUGUGACAACAACCGGACAGAUGACUGCCGCUUGCCAAAUGGGACUAUCGAUUCAUCUUGUCCUGACAUGGCACACCAAUGGCAUGUUGCUGACCACAAUAACAGUCAGUGCACACCACCACCACCAGAGCCGAUACCAACACCACUAACAGGCUGUGAUCCACCCAUUUGUCAUCUCAUUCAAAGCAAGGUCUUUGAGAGUUGCCAUAAGAUAAUCCCCUACGAGCCAUUCCUUGUGGCAUGUAUCUUUGAUGCGUGUUAUAUGGAUGAUGUUACCAUUGGCUGCACCAGCUUGCAGACCUAUGCUGAUGCAUGUGCACAAGCAGGAGUCUGUAUUGAGUGGAGAAAUUAUACAAAUGGACAAUGUGACUUCACAUGUGAGAAACCCAAGGUUUAUAAAGCCUGCGGUCCACAAGUUGAACCAACCUGUAAUGCCUGGUACAAUUUAAAAUUCAUCCAGACUCAAAAUGAGUUCAGUGUGAUGGGAGAUAUACAAUUGGAGGGAUGUUAUUGUCCCCCUGGGACCACUCUUAUGAGUUCCAGCUCAAACUACUGUAUCCCCAGCUGUGAUAUUUGCCCAUUGCCAAAUGGAGAAUGGAAAGAGGCUAAUGAGACCUGGGUGAGCAACUGCCAGGAGUGUGUGUGUGAUCCGUACAGUCUGGAAAUCCAGUGCCAGCCUAUGGCAUGCCAACAUCAGCCUCCUCUCACCUGUGAUCAGGAGGGCCAAGUUAAGGUCCUAGAAACCGUUGACUGUUGUCAAAAGGACAAAUGCGAGUGUGAUGUCACACGAUGCUCUACUUCCAAGAUAACUUGCCCAGUCGGAUUCGAGACAGAGGCAACUAUGGGAGUCUGCUGCCUAACUUAUCAAUGCGUGCCAAAGGAUGUCUGUGUGUUUAACAACAUUGAAUAUCAGCCUGGUGCCAAUGUUCCUGGGGACAAGUGUAAGAAUUGUGUGUGUGGUGACAGUGUAGAUGCCCAAAGCCAUCUACAUAUCAUUGAGUGUCAUCCUACUGAAUGUGACACUCACUGCCAGCAGGGCUAUGAUCAUCAAGCCGUUCCUGGACAGUGUUGUGGGAAGUGUGUACAGACAAGCUGUGUGGUUAUGCUGCCAGAUAACACCACACACACUAUUCAGCCUGGUUCCGUCUGGAUACCAUCGGGAGACAAGUGUCUCAAGUAUGAGUGCGUAAAGAUUCAGGACCAACUCAUCCCAAUCGAGGCUAAGACUGUGUGCCCUGUCUUCCACCCAGAAGACUGCAUACCCGGAACUGAAGUCAUUGCUCCAGAUGGUUGCUGCCAUGUCUGUAUUCCAAUAACUAAGCCAUGCAAUGUGACAAAGAGCAAAGUGUACCUGGACAGCAAUGGCUGCAAGUCUGCAAACAAGGUGGAAGUGACAACAUGCAGUGGAUCCUGUGUCACCUACGCCAUGUAUUCUCUUGAGGCCAACAUGAUGGAGCGCUCUUGUACCUGCUGUCGGGAAGAAUCCACCACCAAGAAGGAAGUGGAGAUGAUCUGCCCAGACGGGUCAAAGUUCAACCAUCCCUACAUUCACAUCAAUAAAUGUGGCUGCCAGAGGACAGAGUGCGUGACCCCGGAGGAAACCCAGGUCACAAGGUCACGACGCAGGAGAAGAUGAAUGACUCUCCACUACCAUCCCUUUACUGCUUAGAUUAGUUUUCUAUUUAUGUUCAACUUGUUCAUGUUCCUGCAAAGUAAUCUGCUAAAAGUAGGAGAAAUUGUUUCAGCUUCGUAUUCAUUUUUAAUUUGAUUUUUGCAAAAAUAAAGUUGGCAAUAGGCUAUGCAUAUAUACCACA